AUGGCGUUGCUACAGGCCUGCCACACCUCCAAGCAGGGCAUCUGGUCAACUCUGCAAAAAAGUGAAGCUUGGAAAUUCAACCGAAAGACUCAAGAGCUGCUAUGCUCUCCUGAGGUGCUGCUUCGCUCUUCCUCCAGCAAAGGCCCCACAGCCAAUGCUGCUGAGGCUGAGCUGAGGGAGGCUUGGAGAAGCCUGCGGAAGGGCCCCACCAGAGCCCCGCAGAAUGGGCCGGCCCCUCAGCUCCCGGUGGGCUUGCCGGCCUGCCUGGAGGGAGGAGGCUCCCUCUGCAGUUUACCAUCAGGGCGUGCCCACGGCCUGGCAGGGAGGUUCCCAGGCAAACAGACCCCCGGGCCCCAGAAGCCUCCAAGUCCCAAGGACGCUCGCAUCACCCACUCCUCGGGCCAGAGCUUCCAGCAGCUGAGGCAGCAGUGCUUGCAGAAGGGCGUGCUGUUCGAGGAUGCCGACUUCCCGGCCAACAGCUCCUCUCUCUUCUACAGCAAGAAGCCCCAGAUCCCCUUCGUGUGGAAACGGCCAGGGGAAAUAGUGAAAAGCCCAGAAUUCAUUCUUGGAGGGGCCACCAGGACUGAUAUCUGCCAGGGGGAGCUUGGCGACUGCUGGCUGUUAGCGGCCAUUGCCUCCCUGACGCUUAACAAGAAAGCACUGGUGAGAGUGGUCCCCCACGACCAGAACUUUGGCUCUGAUUAUGCUGGGAUCUUCCAUUUCCAGUUCUGGCAACACAGCGAGUGGCUGGACGUGGUGAUUGAUGACCGGCUGCCCACCUUCAGGGACCGCUUGAUCUUCCUCCACUCAGCGGACCACAAUGAGUUCUGGAGCGCCCUGCUGGAGAAAGCCUAUGCCAAGUUAAAUGGGAGCUAUGAGGCUCUGAAGGGGGGCAGCACCAUCGAGGCCAUGGAAGACUUCACUGGGGGUGUAGCUGAGACCUUCACAACCAAAGAGGCGCCAGAGAACUUCUAUGAGAUUCUAGAGAAGGCCCUGAAGUGGGGCUCCCUGGUGGGCUGCUCCAUCCAUGUCGGAAAUACUGCAGAGUCUGAAGCCCGGACGCCUUCUGGUCUCAUUAAGGGCCAUGCCUACACCGUGACGGGAAUUGAUCAGGUAAACUUCCAAGGCCGGAAAACCGAAAUGAUCAGAGUCCGGAACCCUUGGGGCCAUGUUGAGUGGAACGGGUCCUGGAGCGACAGCUCUUCCGAGUGGCGUUCGGUCAGCCUCGCUGAGCAGAAGCGCCUGUGUCACACCGCUCUGGACGACGGAGAAUUCUGGAUGGCAUUUGCAGACUUCAAGGCCCAUUUCGACAAAGUGGAGGUCUGCAACCUAACUCCUGACGCCCUAGAGGAGGGCGCCCUUCACAGAUGGGAAGUGGCAGUCCACCACGGAAGCUGGGUGCGGGGCUCCACGGCUGGAGGCUGCCGCAAUUUCCUGGAUACCUUUUGGACCAACCCACAAAUAAAAUUGUCCUUGACUGAGAAAGAUGAGGGGCAGGAGGAGUGUAAUUUCCUUGUAGCCCUGAUGCAGAAAGAUCGAAGGAAACUUAAGAAGUUUGGAGCUGAGGUGUUGACCAUCGGCUAUGCUAUUUACCAGUGCCCCGGCAAAGACCAGCACCUGAACAAAGACUUCUUCAGAUACCACACAUCCCAGGCCAAAAGCAAAACCUUCAUCAACCUGAGAGAAGUGUCUGAGCGGUUCAAGCUGCCCCCUGGGGAGUACAUCUUGAUUCCCAGCACUUUUGAGCCCCAUCAGGAAGCAGAUUUCUGCCUGAGGAUCUUUUCAGAGAAGAAGGCCAUUACCUGGGACAUGGAUGGAAAUAUAGACAUUGACCUUCCAGAGCCUCAGAAGCCAACUCCACCUGCCCAGGAGACAGAGGAGGAACAGCAGUUCCGGGCCCUGUUUGAACGCGUGGCUGGUGAGGACAUGGCGGUAACCGCAGAAGAACUGCAAUGUAUUUUAAAUGCUGAGAUGCAGGCGAAAAAGAACAUUCAGUUUAAGAAGCUAAGUCUGAUUUCCUGUAAAAACAUCAUUUCUCUAAUGGACACCAGCUGCAACGGGAAGCUGGAAUUUGAUGAAUUCAAAGUACUCUGGGACAAACUGAAGAAGUGGAUCGACCUUUUCCUUCAGUUCGACGCUGAUAAAUCCGGCACCAUGUCCUCCUACGAGCUGCGGAUCGCCCUGAAAGCCGCAGGCUUCCAACUGAACAGCCGCCUCCUGCAGCUCACCGUCCUCAGGUACACAGACGAGACGCUCCAGCUGGGCUUCGACGACUUCCUCAACUGCUUGGUGCGCCUGGAGAACGCCAGCCGGGUGUUCCAGGCUCUCAGUAUGAAGGACAAAGAGUCCAUGCAUCUCAACAUCAAUGAGGUAUGUCCAAAUCAGACCUUUGCUCAGGGAUCCAGCCAGGGCUAG